AGUAUCGCCAUACCCGCCAAAGCACGAGCACCGUGACAGGCCGCAUACACGUUCGUCUUUCGUAGUUCGAUGGAAAAGUUCUUCUACUGACACGUGUCUUUUAAUUUCUACGAUGAUCGGUACGACCUGUUAAAAAAAAAAAAAAAAAAAAAAAAAAAAAAAAGAAAAGAAAAGAGAAAAAGAAAAAAGAAAAACGACAAAUAUCAAUCGAUUUUUCUUUGAACUUGACGAUAAUAACGGUGAUGGGUCCCUGUCGGAGUGUUAACUUUUAUACGGAUUUAGAUAUAAUUAUCGAGAUUUUUAUUCGGCCAAUGGAAAGGUGACAUAUCGUGAUAUCGAUUUUAUAUAACUAAUAUGGUUAAAUGUGACGUGAUAUAUGAACGGUUAGGCCGAUUGGUGAAACAUUUCUUUAUGAUUUCCACCGUUUGACUGUUCGAUUUUUGGUGUAAGUGAGAGUAAACAGUGUAGUGUUUGUAGAUCGUUAUGUUGUCGAGAGUGUAAGGAUUAAUAAACAGUGAGAUAUUAAUCGUUGAAAUUAGAUUUCGUUCAAGGAUUACUAAUUAAAAAGACACGCAAUUAACUAUGUUAUAUCAUUGUGAAUUAAUUGGCAAUUAAUUUACUCGUGAGUUUUUACCGACGGGAAACGAAUCACGGGGGAUGAACAUAUAAUACUUCAGUCUGUAUAAUUUUGUUAUUUUAAAGAUUUUUAUCGAAGAUAACGAUCAAUAAGAUUGGGCUAUGAUCGAUUGGUACGGUCGUCCUGGCACACGCGGUGCCACUUAUCAAGAUUUAUCUUGAUCCUGAACAAUAAAGGCAACAAGUUUCUUGUACAUCGCUUUGCCUUGACAGCAGUAACAGUAGCAGGAGCAACUGCAACAACAGCAGCAGCAGCAACUGCAGCAGCGUCAUCAUCAUCAUCAUCAUCAGCAGCAGCAGCCGCAGCAGCAGCAGCAGCCGCAGCGGCGGCCGCAGCGAACGACAAGAUGCCAGAGAAAGAGGUGGCUUAUCAUCAGGAAGCAUUUUCGUUGCUACCACCUCCACCGCCACCGCAUCAUCCCCAUUCGGCUUUUCAUGCGGCUUUUCAUCCGCAUCCUCAUGCGCCACCUUUACCGCCGUUUCUUCCGCAUCACGGACCACCCCCGCCUGCUCCGCAUCCUGCCGCAGCCGCCGCCGCAGCAUGGGAACAUCAUGCGGCCGCAGCGGCCGCGGCCGCCGCAGCUGUGGCUUUUCAUCCACCACCACCUCAUCCGUGAGUAUCCCAUAUCUUUGACGUUUCCUCUUUGGCAGACUUUCCUUUUUUCUCAUUUACAAAAGGUGGGUGACCGACUUGUUUAUUCGUAUUACGUGAAAAAAUACGAAUGUAGUGUAUUUUUAGACGUCGAUGCGCGCGACCAGAAUAAAGGGAAGUGAGAAGGAAACGGUACGUGUCAGACAUACGCGAAAGAGGAGUCCUGUCACGUUCGAUUAACCUCCCGGCGGGAGAGGAUUAUUUCUUUCACGAAAAAUUCGCUUGGGGGAAAAAAAAAAUAUGUCCUAUAGUAUGGACAUUUUUUACUUGUCUUUACUAUUUUCUUUUUUUUCUUCUUCUUCUUUCCUCUUUUUAGAACAUUUCUUACGAUAUUAUUGAUUAAUAACAUAAUAGAUUUCAUAUUAUAAAUAGAUGAAAAUUUACAUCAUAAUAAUCAUAAUUUAUCGCAAGAUCUAUCUCAUUUUAAUCAAAAUUUGUUUGCUAAUAAUCCAUAUCAUAUCAUAAUAAUUAUUAUUAAUAUUUUAUCUAAACAAAAAAGAAAAUAUAUAUAAUAAUAAUAAUAAUAAUAAUAAUAAUAAUAAUAAUAAUAAUCAUUGUAUGCUUUAACAUACAACGAUGACAUUAAGUAAAUAGUCGAAUAUCUGAAAAGUCCUUAAAGAAAAGAAAAAAAAAAAAAGAAAGAAAAAAAAAAGGAAUAAAUCAAAUCGAUCGUCUCGCCCGAAGGAGUUUGGUUUAGAGGGGUUGGGGGAGGUUUUUGUCGUUAAGACGAAAAAAGAAAAGAAAGUAAAAGAGAAUUUAGAAAAUUUAGAGAAAAGAAAAAAAGGAAAAGAAGUAAAAAACAAAAGAAACAAAAAAAAAACAAAAAAAGAGUUGCAUCCUUCGAGCAUACAUAUAUACCAUCGAAAUUGGCGAUGUCCACGAAGACGCAGCCCUGUGAUGUGUCGUCCCACCCUUCUUCCGGCGAUAUAAAUCGCCGGCGAUAUUUUAGCGUCGAAAGUCGACGCUCAGUUCUCCGGUUACGCGCGUACACGAUUCACGUACAGGAAUGAGCGAGUAGAAAGAAGCGCGUAGACGGGUAGAAGGUUUUGACAGGAGAAAAAGAGAGCAAAGCACAUAAAAGGCGAAGAGGAUGGGGUGUCAGUUGGGUAAAGGGUUGGGUAGGGGUACGGAGGGUAGUCAAAAAAGGAAGGAAUUAGAGAAAGAUCUAGAAAGAGUAUGAAAGAGAGAGAGAGAGAGAGAGAGAGAGAGAGUGUGUGUGUGUGUGUGUGUAUGUGUGUGUAGGUGGAAAAGGAUUUUAACCCGUGUCGUAUCAACGUCUACACCCGUAUUUCAUCUAAUCGUUUAAAUUUUUUGUUUGUUUUUUUUUUUCUUUUCUUUUCUUUUCUUUUUUUUUUUUUCGUUUGUUUCAUUUAUUUAUCUUUCCUUUCAUCUUUACAAUCAUCAGUUAUUAUUUUAUUAUCUUGAAAUAAUUUUAUCAUCGAAUUUAUCGACAUGUGCUUUAAUCUUUAUUAUACGAUUACUUCGGCAAUCCUACGAUAGGAUAUACUUGUGAAUAUUUUUCUUUUUGUAAUAUUUUCUUUCGUUAGUUAUCGAUUAUUCGAUUAGAAAUAAACAAAAAAAAAAAAAUAAGAAGAAGAAGAAGAAGAAGAAGAAGAAGAAGAAGAAGAAAAGAAGAAAAGGAAUGAAAGAAAAUUGUCGAACGAAGUAAAAAAUCAUCCUGAGGAUAUUAUUUUUUUUUGUUUCUUUUUUUUUUUUUAUUCCACGAAACCAUAAGUUUAUAUCUAUAUGGUCGGCUAGGUAGAUAGUGUGUAUAUAAUUAUUUUUCAUCAGAAAUUUUAGCGAUCUAGGAUUAAAAGAGUUCGACUUUAGAAAGAAAGAAAGAAAGAAAGAAUGAGAGAAAGAGGUAAAGAAAAGAAAAGAAAAGGAAAGAAGAACGAAUCCGCGGGACCACGUAAUGUCCGGAGCUGGCGCACCGAACGUUCCAAUUAUACGCGAGAAACGACCCGAAACAGGUUCCACGGCGGAACGUACACAUAAUUUCCCGCCCCGAUGCCAAUAAAGGAGCCUGGCUACGAUUUUAUAAGAGCCGCGCCUUCUUAACGCCUUUUUCUGUCUUUUGCUCCACGGGUUUCUCUCCUUAUAAACUUUUUCCUUUUCCGCUCUCGAACUUGGAAGCUUCUCUCUUUCUCUCUCUCUCUCUCUCUUGUAUCUACAAACUCCACCACCAUCUCCACCACUACUACGAACUUUUUUCUUUAUCUUCUUUUUCUUCUUCUUCUUUUUCCUUCUUUAACGCGUCGAAUAUCUCCCUCCCACUUAUGCGUGUCUCUGACGAGUCUCACGCCGGCCACAUAACAAGGAAUUCUACGACUUUAUGGUCGCUGGACCGACGGCAGCGGAGGGCCUUUUAUUGGUCCUUUCCAUCGGCCGACUAAUGGUUCUCGCUUGGCAGCAUCCCGAGGUUCACCGACUUUAACAUUGGCAAACCGAGUCGCGCGACUUCUUCAUCUCCUCUACCUUUGCUUUUCCAAGAGCAAGAUCGCGAACCUACCACGACGUGUCCAACGAUCCUCUCUACCUAUGUCCUCCUUCUUCUUCUCAUCCACCUCCUCCUCCUUCUUCUUCUUCUUCUUUUUCUUCUUCUUUACCUCCCUCUAUUCCUAUCCACUACCUUUCCUUAACAAUCUCAGAUAUAAUCCGCUAACUAUAAUCAAGAUUCCUUUUCCUUCUGAUGCCGAAGACAUGAAUUCCUUCGAGAAGGAUUAUUUUCAACUUUCGUUUCUUCGAUUACUUAUUUUCUCAUUUCUUUUUCUCUUUUUUUUUUUUUUUGUUCGUUUUCUUCUUCUUUUUCUUCUUUUGCUUUUUCUUUCUUUUUUUUUUUUUUUUCGACGCUCGCACGCAAUAUACAAUCGGACAAAAUGUAUUUAGAGAAUUAGGAAGGAAUAGAAAGAAAAUUUUUCAAGGGGUGAAUCGAGCAAAGAAAUAUGUCGUUUGUUUUAAUUGACGAGAUCGUUUUAAUUCAAAUUUAAGAUAUUUCAUUUUGCACGUGGAUAAUAAAGGAUUUUCUUUUUUUUUUUUUUUUUUU